UUGCCUUGGAGUGGAGGGAUGCGGUCUCCCUUACUUCCCCGUCCUCUCCCCGCUCAAAGCGCCUGCGCGAGUCCUAAGAGUCCUUGGGUUUGCUGCCUUGGACGGCAGGCAGAGAAGAAGAGACAGCGGCGGCAGCAGCCUGGCGGCGGUCUGGGCCGGGCAAGAUGCAGAAUUGGGGCCGGGUCUGCUGGGCUCUCGGCCAGAGAAGUCAUUGUGGCCGGAUUCAUGGCUUACAAGGUAUUUCCGCAGUGCCUUUAAGGACUUACGCUGAUCAAGUUGAUGCUGAUGUUACAGUCAUUGGAUCUGGUCCUGGAGGUUAUGUUGCUGCCAUAAAAGCUGCUCAACUUGGCUUUAAGACUGUUUGUGUGGAGAAAAAUGAGACAUUAGGUGGAACCUGUUUGAAUGUCGGAUGUAUACCUUCCAAAGCCUUACUGAACAAUUCACACCUCUAUCAUUUGGCCCAUGGCAAAGACUUUGCUAGUAGAGGAAUUGAAAUUACAGGGCUCCGACUGAAUUUAGAGAAGAUGAUGGAACAGAAGAGUGGUGCAGUGAAGGCUUUAACAGGUGGAAUUGCUCAUUUGUUUAAACAGAAUAAGGUGACGCAUGUGUCCGGUUUUGGAAAAAUAACAGGGAAAAAUCAGGUCACAGCAACUAAAGAUGACGGCAGCAAUCAGGUUAUUAAUACGAAGAAUAUUCUUAUUGCUACAGGCUCAGAAGUAACACCUUUCCCUGGAAUUACGAUUGACGAGGACACAAUUGUAUCAUCUACUGGUGCAUUAUCUUUAAAACAAGUCCCUGAAAAAAUGGUGGUCAUUGGUGCAGGAGUCAUUGGUGUGGAACUAGGCUCAGUGUGGCAGCGUCUAGGUGCUGAUGUAACAGCUGUGGAGUUCCUUGGCCAUGUCGGUGGUUUGGGCAUUGAUAUGGAGAUCUCUAAGAACUUCCAACGAAUUUUACAGAAACAAGGGAUUAAAUUUAAACUCAAUACUAAAGUUACUGGUGCAACCAAGAAACCAGAUGGAAAGAUAGAUGUUUCGAUUGAAGCCGCUGCUGGAGGCAAAGCGGAAGUGAUCACUUGUGACGUCCUCCUAGUGUGUGUUGGCCGGCGCCCUUUUAGUAAGAACCUUGGUCUGGAAGAUGUGGGUAUUGAACUAGACAACAGGGGUAGAAUCCCAAUCAACAACAGAUUCCAAACAAAAAUUCCCAAUAUCUACGCUAUUGGUGACGUAGUGGCUGGACCGAUGCUUGCUCACAAAGCUGAAGAUGAAGGGAUUCUGUGUGUCGAGGGAAUGGCUGGAGGUGCUGUUCACAUUGACUACAACUGUGUGCCCUCAGUAAUUUACACACACCCUGAGGUUGCUUGGGUCGGCAAAUCGGAAGAACAGCUGAAAGAGGAGGGGACAGAAUACAAGGUUGGAAAAUUUCCAUUUGCUGCAAACAGCAGAGCCAAGACCAAUGCAGACACAGAUGGCUUGGUUAAGAUUCUAAGUCACAAGUCCACAGACAGGAUGCUGGGAGCUCAUAUUCUAGGCGCGGGUGCUGGAGAAAUGGUGAAUGAAGCUGCUCUUGCAAUGGAAUAUGGAGCAUCAUGUGAAGAUGUAGCUAGAGUCUGCCAUGCCCAUCCGACUGUAUCUGAAGCAUUCAGGGAAGCCAACCUAGCGGCAUCGUUUGGCAAGGCUAUCAACUUCUAAAAAAAGGAAAUCCCUAAUGUACAAAGCACAUUUUUUGGUGAAAACUGAUGGAGAUCUUUGUGGAAUGUUGAGUCUUUUGAAUACUUCUAGAACUGAAUUAAGUGAACUUUUUGUUUAAAACAUGGCAUAUUUAAACAAAUUAGGGGUUCGGAAAAUAAUGAUUUCACCCAGCAGCUGUGUAUACAACAUGUUUGUAUUGUUAGCUUGUAUAAAGUUCUGCAGAGGACAGACUGCAACAAAGGCAUCUCAAGGUUGUGGGCGACUGAAAGGUUCCAUCAUGUAUCUGGGUAAAAUAUACUGGCUGAUACUCUCCAGUGCUGUUGCUCUGUCAUUGCUAAGGAAUGGGGAUUUCAGUGUCAAGUUGGCACUUUAAAAUGCGUUACUGUCAACUUUGCACAUUGCAGUUGUGGUUUCCAAACUUUGUGAGCCUACCGGCACCUUUGGAAUUCUGAAACAGCAUGGUGGUUGCAGCCACAAAAUCGUGACCAUACAAUGGCUGCUGCAGGAGUCAGAGUGAGUCACAAAAUGUAUGCUGCACCUUACCUCGCGUUGCAGUGGCAGCUGCUGCUGAAGCAACAUUUUUUAAAAAUCUCCAGUGGCCAAUCAGAAGCCUUCCUGGCCAAAAGACCCAUCUGGCCCUGCCCCCUUCUGGAAGCACUUUGGACACCAAAAAAAGUGCUGGUGGAUGCCAUGGCACCCAUGGACAUCACACUGGGGGAUGUCUGUAGUGAAAGAGGGGGCAGCAGUGUAUUUCAUCACACCACAACCUCUUUAUUACCUUGAAGUAAAUCUAGGAUCAUCCUAUAUCAUAGAGGACUCCUAAGAGACUUUCAAAACUGAUUUGGCUGUACGAAUAGCAUUUGUAUCUCUGCAUUUUUUUCAUACUGAAAAACCCUCAGGUUUAAUUAAAUUGUGCAAAAUAAAAUAAAAUCUUGGAGAAGCAAAAAAAUGAGUUGGGAAACAGUUGGGAAGAAUACUUGUGAAACUUCCCAGCUUCAUUAAAAAAAUUCUAAAUUAUUAGCUAUAAUGAGUAAAUGCUGUCACUGGGAGGGCUUAGUAUGCUAGACAGAGUGGGAAUUGUGUUUUCCUUCAUGCAGUCUGUGUUGGCAACAUAACUUUCAUGCUGUAUGAUUUACCCCCCUGUGAUGCUGGCUAGUGCUGGUUCUCUAGACAAGUCCAAGGGUCCUGACUAGACCAUUAGCAGUAAGAUGAUAGCUAAAAACACUUGUGAGGCUCCCUGCUUCUUUACUUUACAUUCUGCUUCCCUGUUCCUGCAUGGUGGGACCCAGAAAAGUAGGAAGUGACUAAAUCACAGGGAGCACGAAUCUUCAGCAAGAAAUGAAUUAAUUUUUGAACGUCUCAUGUGAACCUAAAAUUCCCACUCCUAGUGGAGGCUGCCUGCUGCAGCUCUGCCUGCUUUGCUGCUCCCCAAACCUUUUCUUCUUCAAAUCUACUUCUUUUGGAAGCCUGUAAUUUGAUAUGAAGGGAUUGCAGAAACACAGGACCUGGAAGGAGGGGGACUCAGAAGGGUGACAUAGGCAGGAAUGGCUGGAGGUGUCAUUGUGGCUAGUUCUGAUUCUUGAACAUUUUUAUCUAUCCCCUCUGAAGUUUUGGGGUGCAGGGAUGCAAGGUGGCUUUAGUUUUUAAAGAAGUAAGCCUCAGCUACCAGAAUUUGGGGAGCCACAGCUGUAAAUAGAACAUAAUACUUAGUAAUUGUAUAGUUCUUUGUUCAAAGAACAAUUGAACAUACUGUACCUCUUCCUCCCAAGUUACAUAUAUGGCCUGAGUGUGUAUACAUUCCAAAAGACUCUACAGCCAUGCUCUCCAACCCCAUGUAACCCUCAUGGCAAUUUGUGACCCCCCCCCCACAGAGCUUUUUGAAAGAAAGGCUGACACAAACCGUGCAAAAGGUGCAAUACAGCCUGCUUCUCAUUGCAUGCAGCCUGAGAUGAACAGCAGGCCAAGGAGGAGAGCUGCUCAGCAGUGGAGACAUUUUCCUUUUAGCAAUGGAAAGGGCAGCAACAACUCCCACUGCAGAAGCUUUCUCUCUCUUUCUUCUCUCUCCCGUCCUUUCCUUCCUCUCUCACUCGCUCUCUUUCGGCCUCACAAUUCUCGACCUUUGCUUGUUGGCCCUCCUGUGCUCUGUGCACACUUGUAGCGCAGAGCCAGCCUGCACUGACUCCUACUGUUAGAGAUACGACUAUAUUGUCAUGUGCAUAUGGCCCUGAAGACUGAAGGGAGGUGGAAAAAUUUGAGAUGAGACUUGAACUUCCCAUAUCACAGCUCAUUUAACCAAAGAAAGUGAUUAUUUGGGUUUCUUAGUCACAUAACCCAUUUCUAGUAUCCACUAGCCUGUACCAUAAUGUCACCUUCAGAGAUCUGAGAAAAUAGUU